CAAGUGAGAGUCGAACCUGCAUCUCUCAAAAUAAAUGCAAGCCCUCCACCACUUGAUCUAGAGAUCAUUUUCAUAACUUUUUGCAAAUUCAGUUGAAUUUUUUUACACUAGUCACAAAUGUCAAAUAUUUCUUGAAUUCUCACUUAUUGUUUAAGCUUACAACUCCCUCUUCUUUCACACACUUCAAAACCCUAAUUUGAGUUCAAACACACACUCCACACUCACUCACUUAGUUUCUUGAAAAUCCAAUUUGUGUUUUUUUUUCCUUGAAAACCCAUUUGUGUUUCUUGAUUUUGCUAACCAAAAAAUCUAAUUUUUAUCAAAAUCCCACAACCAAUUUGGAGUUUUUUAAUCUUGGUUUUUCUUAAUUCACUUCACAUUUUCAUAUUUCAACAAAAUCUUGAAAACCCAUCUUGUUUUUCAACAAAAUUCAAAAAUGUCAACAACACCGGCCCUCGACCCGACCCAACAACCGCCACCAUACCCGCCGGUGAUCCAAGAACACGCCUACAAACCACAUUCGGGUCACGGGUCAGUGGGACCCGUAAUCGGUGUGCUUGCGGUGGUUAUCGUAUUGGGUGCGGUGGCUAUAAUGAUAGGCAGGCUCUGUUCGGGUCGUCGGGUCAUGGGUCACCUGCAAUACGACUUUGAAGGGUGGAUGGAGACCAAAUGUACCACGUGUAUCGACGGCAGGCUAGACCCUCCUCCACCGCCGGAGACGGUGCCGCCGGUGGUAAUUCCGGCCGUCGGAGUGCAACCACAAGCGGAGGAAGCAUCAAGUAGUCAACAAGUAGAAGAACAACACAAUAUACAUGAAAGUUAGUCACUUAGUUGUAUGAUUUUGUUGAAAUUCUAAUUGGAUUAUUGGGUAUUUCUUUACUUUA